AUUUCACAUUCCCCUUGAAUUUCUUCCAAAGUUUGUUAGGAAGAACCCUGUGAAUCUGACAAUUAUUUUCAGAAUCAAGCACACAAAUAUCUACAGCUAGCAAUUGCUGUUUUCUAGGGGACAAUGUGAAUUCUUGUCAAGUUAAUAUGCAAACUGAUUUUAGUACAUUUUUGUUUUGAUAUAAUGGAAAACUGAAUGUCCAAGCCAUUUAAAAUUUCUUUGUCUGUUUUAGUCCAGCAUUAUUGCCAUGAAGAUGUCUCAAGGGUGCUGUCUGGAAGAGUUUUGAAGGAACCAAUUCAUGUCAGUAUUCUGAUUUGUGCUGCUGCUGUUUUAUGGGUUGAAAGAUCCACUUAUGCUCAUCUAGAGGGAACUUGUCCACACAAAAUAAAGAACAGGUUCAGAUGCCUGAUUAAACAGUGUGACAUGGAUUUUUUGUAUCCAGGUAAUACUACCUUACUCUGCAAUGCAAACUCUUACACUUUGGAUAGACAUUUAAGUUGGACUUGCUGUGUUUAUUGUUUGUAUAUUAUCCUCUGUGGUGGUUUCUGCUUGUUAUUGAGUUCAAAAAAUUAGAAUGACAGUUGCUAGGCCUAUAAGUGCGCAUUUGUUCUUUUACUGUUAUAUGUGUUUCUUACAUUGAUAGGACUAGGAGAAAUUUUCCCAGCAAAAUUAUUCUCGCCUGGUAGCCCUGCAUCUUGCUUUUCAAAGAUGUCUCAUGUGUACUGUAUACACCAAAGUUAUUUAUAUUUACUUGAACGUUUUGUUUUGGUUGGUUUCUAGAGAACUUCGGCUUUGUAGCUAAGACUAGAUGAGCUAUUUCGAAGUUUGAAUUAUGAUGUUUGUCUUAUGUCAAGUGUGAAAAAUCAGGGAAACCCGUGAGUUGAAUGCAAUAUCUAAUUCUCUAUCUAUUGUCAAUUAGUUCCAGGUUGGAUAUUAAUAGGUCUUAAGUUGUUCUUGACCAUUAGAUCAUGAUUAUUGAGUCUUCCAGUCAAUCAGUGUUUUUUUCUCUUUUUUCUUCUUCUUCUUGGGUAAAGAAAUCAUAAAAUUAAUUAGGCAAAAAUCCUUGAAAAGUUGCAAGAAAUGUCGAACUAUUGGUUGUCAACGUCAACUGCUGUCGCACAUGCGCUGACCGGGAGCCUCUACAUUCUCUAUCCAACAAAAGCAAUAAAAGAAAUGUAAGUUUCUCACCUUUUCGUGGAAGAAAAACUGGGAAAUAGCAUUGAACUUGCAAAAAUGUUGUUGUGCACGGUUUAUAAAUGAUCACUCUGCUCUUGAGGAUGAGGUUUUUAAUGAAGAACCUGCCAUGAAUGCCACUCUUGUUUUCUGCUGUCUUUUUCUCUUCAUAUUUGUCUCUUCGCAGAUUGUUACGACCUCCGCUCAUAUUAUCAAAGGUAUGAAUGUUUUGUUUCUGAACAUUACUGUCAGUUUCAUUCUCCAAUUUUGAUUAUAAUCCGUGAGAAUGCUUCCAUUUUUCCCCUUUUUAUUUUUAUUUUUUACAUCAUAUAAUGAAUUAUAUAAUAAUAAAUAGUUCUUCUCAUU